AGAAGGAAAAAGAAAAUUCAUUCCAAAAAAUCAAAUUUAGAAAUGGCGGUAAACAACGAAAACUGGGAUUGUAUGCUUUUGCGAGUAAAAAGACUAAGCAAAGAGGCUGUGGUACCCCAGCGAGGUUCAAAACUCGCUGCAGGAUAUGACAUUUGUUCAUCAGAAGACUGUAUUGUUCCAGCUCGAAGUCGAUACUGUGUUAAAACUGACCUGGCAGUGGCGAUACCUUCAGGUCACUACGGAAGAGUUGCUCCUAGAUCAGGAUUAGCACUCAAGCACGGAAUAGACGUUGGAGCAGGUGUUAUAGAUGAAGACUAUCGUGGAAGUCUUGGAAUCAUUUUAUUUAACCACUCUGAUCAGGAUUUUCACAUAUCAAAGGGAAACAGAAUAGCUCAACUCAUCUUGGAAAAAAUAUCGACACCUGAAGUUGUUGAAGUGAAUAGUCUAGAUAAUACUGGUAGAGGUUCGAACGGGUUUGGCUCAACUGGUUGCUAAAGCUUGGAAAUGCCGUAAACAUUUAUUUGCCCAUUCCACAAUAAAAGCAAAUACUUGUUU